AUGCCAGAGGGACAGUACAAUUAUCAGUUGAGCUUUUGGGAUGAGCACGAAGAGGGUACACGCAUACUGCUGCGGCAUGUUGCGAACGGACUAGAUACAUGUAAAGGCUUGGUUUCGUUUUUUGAAGAGCGAGGAAAGCUCGAAAAGGAUUACUCCAGAAAGCUGGGGGCCAUUGCAAAGCACCUACAAAAGCAUAUAGAAUCAAAUCCGGACCAUGGUUACAUGCGGUCGAGCUUAGAGGAAUGGCGGGCUAUACAUGGGAACUUGGCCGAAAGCCACUCUAAGCAGGCGGUGCAGAUUCAUCGAGAGAACUAUGUAUCGCUGAAGGAAUUCUUAAGUAACUCUCAGGCGAAGUUCAAGAUGAUAGAUGGUAGGAUCAAGCAAUUGAGACACGAUAAGGCUCAGAAGAAACAGAUGUGUGAGGAGGUACAGCAAAAGCUUGAAAAAGCCCGAGUGGAGCUACAGGAAUAUAAACUUAAUCAACAUAACCUUAUAGGUGGCCGUGAAGCCGCCAACAACGAACGCCAGUUGAACAAGUGGCAAUCAAUUUUAGAAGGACUGGAGAGGAAUUAUGAGGUCCUCUCUCAUGAAUACAAACGUGCCAAGAGCCAUUGGCUUAAAGAGUGGUACACACUAAGUAUGGAAUUACAGACUUUAGAGGAAUCUAGAAUCGAAACAAUCAAACUUAAAUUACAAGAAUUCGCUUCCCAUAACAUUGAGACGUCAGUAGAAGAGCAGAUUGCAAUGGAUAAAGUAAACAACUUGCUCGGUACCUUUACCGCCCAACAAGAUAUCGAAUCUUUCUCAUACGCGCACGGAACGGGCAGGAUAAAAACAAAGUCCCUAGAUACCAGCUUGGGCAGUAGUGAUUUGCAUUCGGCACUGGUCAAUAAGCACACUGCGAACAUACGAAGCCUCUCUUCGAAGUUAUCUCGUGGUAAACAACAUCAAAUACAGCAACAACAGCAACAGCAACAGCAACAGCAACAACAAGAUACCCUGGACACAUCACAACCAGCUAUAAGUUCUGCUAAUGAUCCAAGUAUUGUGGCAGGUUUUGGGGAAUACUAUAACCCUUAUGCGGAUGAUGCCUCUCUAGGCAACAUUCCGAUGUCAUCCAUUGAUACGCACCAUAAAGCAACCACUGAGAUCAAAUAUACAGACCAAAAUACUGAUGAUCUUGAAUGGAAUUUCCAAGGCAGUAGUAGCGUAAAGAAGUUUGAUGUAUCGCGUUCCUAUCAGCAACCUCAUAAGGAAAUAGCCAUUCGUCCCGCUCCGAAAGAGCAACUCCGAGAGUCAGACAUUGCUUCGUCGGUGGAUUCUAUGUCUUCGAUAUCCAAUCACACCGAUUAUAAUGACAAAAAGAUGCAUAAAAGUAGUGACUCUAUGUGCACUUCCAUAUCUUCUUAUGCAAGUGCCAUAAGCGAGUCACAGAGACUAGCGAAGUCAUGGAACUCUUAUAAUAGACGUAAAUCCCGUGAGUCUUUCCAUCCAAAUGAGAAUAACAGUUAUAGCAGUAAAGUUCCAAAUUCAAGCCUAUAUUCAGAAAGUCAUGAACAGCAUGAACCAGGUCAUAGAAUGGGAGUAAAUAGGCGUAGGUCUUUAGCUUUGGACCUACGUGGGGCUUUGAAGGCUUUAGAAAACGUCGAAUUCGAAACUAGUACACAGGAGAGGAGUGGAUUUCACGCACAUGAUAUCUCAAACCCGCAAAGGCAUUCCAUGAUGGAGUUCAACCGUUCGGGAGCAAGUGCUACAGAACACCAAAAAUACAACAGUAAAGGCCAAAAAGUCAUUGCAAAUGCUAAGGCAAUAUACGGUUACACGGAACUAAAUGACAACGAUGUUCUUAACUUCAAUGCUGGUGAUCAUUUACUACUAACGGAAAAACUAAAUGCAGAUUGGUACAUCGGAGAAGUAGAAAACGGUAAUGGCCAGCGGGGGCUAGUGCCCAUUAACUAUGUAAAACUGCUCUGA